GAUACGAUUAAUCAACGCUGGCACUGCAUCAUGCAUCGCUCACUGACCUCAUUAACUUUAGCCUCCGUCGAUCGCAUAUCACGAUCGAUUUUAGUCGUUAUUCGCCUCUAUUAACAACAUUUUCCUUCGUCUGAGAUCCUGACUAUAAGCUCAACUCGAUGGGCUCGACAAUCGAUAUCGGCAGCUUGACAGCCACGUACUCGACACUCGUUGUGCUACCUGAUCCUAAUAACCAGAGCCAGAGAUCUCACAAUGGUGUUGCUGUUCCACAGCGACAACAGCUACGUAUGUGGGGAUGACGACAAACACGCAGAGGCAAAAAGAGGCGGUCAACGUAGAGAACAGGAAGCGGAUGCGAUGACCGCCCUCUGGCACGGAAGCGAUCCCAUUCGACUUUACUCCGCGAAAACAUAUCUCGACCAUCCUACAAGCCCUAGCCUACCAGAUCCGAAUUAUAUACCACACAUACCAUACAUGCCAUUAGGCACGCGUCAAACACGACUUGGAGACAACCUGCCAAUACCGGUUGUACUGCCAAACUUGGGUGGUGUGUCGGGUUUGGUGGUCGCUCAAGCCGAAGACGAAAGUGACGAGGAGAGUGACAAAGGCAAGGCAGAAAAUGACAAACCAAAGUCAAUUCAUCGAAAGACGUUGAUAGGUAUCUAUAUCUAUAAGACGACGAUAACAGAUGACUGGAGGCAGGAACUAGCAAGCGCAGGCAAUGAUUUAACGAAGAAGGCUAUCUGGAAGUACCCAUUUGUCGCCCCCCAGAAGAUCAAUUCCCCUCCUGCUUAGCCAUAGUGUCGCGGCUCGCGGAUCAGAUGCGCCAGCUCCACGCACAGGCUUGCCAAGCAGUAGCUGAAAGAACGGCCGAUGCCUA